CGCUUCCCUCCAGGCUUCCAAGUAGUCACCAAACCCAAACGCUUCUUCGCCGUCGGCCGCAUCUUCAAAGUCCCCUGGUUCGAACCUCUCGGCUCCACCGACCCUUCCCCCAAUGACCCCUUCCCUUCAGCCAACCCCCCGAACCUCGAGUACUCUACGAAAUGCCCCGAAUUCCACGGUGAGAAACCGCUGGCCAAAUACCGCUGGUUCGUCGUCGUCCGGCGCCGCCUCCACCACUCACUCUGUUUCUCCAUCACCACAUACGCAGGAGCCAACAAGUCAGCCACCAACAAGACAUGCAGAGGUCGGGAUGUAGAUUUUGUGGUCUUGCACAACAGCAAUGUCGUACCUGCGAAGCCGUACGAAGAGGAGAACAUCACCCGGAAGCCCAUCGGGGUGAUAAUCGAGGAUCAGGAGACGUAUAUCAGCCCGGUUGCGAGAUUGGAUUGCGGGAGGAUAUACACUGUCGAGGACCACCUCAGGGUGAUGAAGGUGGGGAGGGUGCACCCGGGCAGCUUGGCGGCGUUGGAGGAGUAUUUCAAGGAUAGUGUUUCCUAG